AUGAUUGUCCUCCGCUCCGCUCCGUGCGGUCAGUACGGGCUGUUAACAGGCAGUUGCAAUCAGUUUCCGAAAGGCCCCACCCCGGGCCGCUCACAGUCAGCUGCACUGCAGAUGGGGCCUGCCGCUCGAGGCGGCGGUCUCCAGGGAGCCGUCACCGAACCAGCUCCGCCGGCCGCCUGUCGUACCGUUUAUGGUUACUGCGCCUCCCGGGAGGGGCACGGGGGCUGGACAUGGCUCGAGGUGGGUGCCCCCGGGCCACCCGAGCUGGCGCUACUAGAGGAAUUUGGUGGGCACAAGGCCAAGGAGCUGCGGCCUUCCCGCUGGGAGGCCCAGGCCCGGCGCGCGGGUUCCCGGGGGGCUGUGCCCGCCUUUCCCCCAGGCGCGGGCUGCACGCCGGCCGCCAUCUUAAUCCGGGCGGCGCGGGCGGUGCUGCCCCCGGCGGUGGGACCGCAGAGCCGCUGGCCGGGCCCAGGCGGCAGUGCGGGCGUUCCCGGGGCGCCGUGCCCCUUUGCCUCCAGCGGCCCUUCCGCGCAGCUGGCCGCGGCUGACCCCAGGCCCGGGGCAACCGCUCCUGGUUAA